AUGCUGGAAGCUGAUUCAUAUGCUGAUCAUCUUUUGCCGGUAGAUACAGAGGGCAUAGCUGGUCCGUCCAGAGCUGCGAACUGGGCCGAGGAGAUGGAGAAAACAGAUUACCAGAACUCAACUAAAGACGUAUGGAGCAAAUUUAAAGCCAAUCAGGUGAAAACUCCGGCUACUAGCUUGGACUUCAUAGAGCCUAUGAAGGGUGGGGAUCAAAUAAUUGCUAAACUAGACAUUGAUGAAAUUGAGGUUGAAGCUUCCUUUUGGCGCACAUCGAUUGUAUGUGUAGUAUUGGGAGCUAAUCCCCCCUUUAGAGUGUUUGAAGGAUUUGUGAAAAGAAUAUGGGGUAACCUUGGUAUUGACAGGAUAGUGCGCAUGAAUUCUGGGUUUACCUUGGUGAGCUUUCGUGAUGUUGCUACUAGGGAUCUUGUCCUGGAAACUGGUGUUAUUCACUUCGACAAGAAACCAGUUGUUCUCCGUCCCUGGACACCUGAUAUGGACACAGUGCAGAUGGUGAAAUCGGUUUCGGUUUGGGUUCGAUUAAAUGGCUUGGGGCUUCAAUAUUGGGGUCGUAAGAUUCUAAGUGCACUAGUUAGUACCUUAGGCAAACCCAUAAUGAUUGAUCAAGUUACUCGUGAUAGAUCGAUGGUCAAAUUUGCGAGAAUUCUGGUUGACAUGGAAAUCUCUGAAACCCCUCCUAAGACUAUCUCGUUUGUCAAUAAAAGAGAUCAACUAGUUGAUCAAUUGGUGGAAUACGAAUGGCUUCCCUCUAAAUGCAAAACAUACGGCUGUUUGGGACAUACUAUGGUGAACUGUUCGAAGGAUAAGGGAUACUUUUGGGUCAAAAAGUCCAAUCCGGAAAAUAAGAAUUCAGAGAUGACUGCUGGAAAGAACAAUGCUGAGACUAAUGUUGAAAAUAAGCAGGACGCCUUAAAUUUAUGUGAUACAGUUGCUGUUAUAAACAAGUCAGCUAAUGCUAAUGAAGGUAAAGAUGCAAAGCAAGUUACUACUAGUAACACAGAGGUGGGAAAGAAUACUGGAACGGGAGGCGAGUGGAUAACGCCAAGAAGGAGAGGAACCAAGUCCAAGACUGUCCAGCCUUCUAAAGCAGUUAAUCGAAAUGGAUAUGCAGCGCUCCAAGAGCCAGGGGUUGGGAAUUUAGCUACCACUACUAACUCUAGUCAAUAUGGAGAAGUGCAACAUCCUUAG